AUGGGAACUCACUUCAAUUUCAGCAACUUAGGAGGAGGUGGUGGAGGUGAAGGAAUGAAGCCAACAGAUACUACCAAUCCCUUGGCGAGACAGUCCUCGCUUUACUCACUAACCUUUGAUGAGCUACAGAACACAUUAGGUGGACCAGGAAAAGAUUUCGGGUCGAUGAACAUGGAUGAACUCCUGAAGAGCAUAUGGACUGCUGAGGAAGCUCAGGCCAUGACCAUGAACUCAUCAGCUGCUGCUGCUGCUGCCACAGCUGUAGCUCAACCCGGUGGUGGUAUCCCUCUCCAGAGGCAAGGCUCGCUGACAUUGCCUAGAACGAUUAGUCAGAAAACUGUUGAUGAGGUCUGGAAAUGUUUGUUCAACAAGGACGGUAAUAUGGUAGGAAGCAGUGGUGGUGAGUCUAAUGCGCCUCAGAGGCAACAGACUUUAGGGGAAAUAACACUUGAGGAGUUUCUGUCUCGCGCUGGAGUUGUAAGAGAAGAUAACUGUCCUCAGCAGGUGGGUGGAAACAACAACAACAACAAUGGGUUUUAUGGUAACAACGGAGCUCCUGGAGGAUUAGGCUUUGGUUUUGGUCAACCAAAUCAAAACAACAUAUCAUUCAAUGGUACUAAUGAUUCUAUGAUCAUGAAGCAGCCACAACACCAGUUUCAACAACAGUCACAACCCCAGUUGCAGCCACGUCCACAGCAACUGAACCAGCCGCAUCCUCCACAGCAGCAGCAGCACCAGCACCAGCGGCUGCCUCAAGCCAUUUUUCCUAAACAAGCAAACGUAGCAUUUGCUGGGACUGCGAAUAAUGCCAGCAACAAUAACAAUAAUGGAUUAGCUAGUUUUGGAGGUGGGGUCACUGUUGCAGCAACGUCUCCUGGGACAAGUAGCGCAGAGAAUAAUUCUCUGUCACCAGUUCCUUAUGUGCUUAACCGAGGAAGAAGAAGCAAUACGGGUCUAGAAAAGGUUAUUGAGAGGAGGCAAAGGAGAAUGAUCAAGAACCGAGAAUCAGCUGCUAGAUCAAGAGCUAGGAAGCAGGCUUAUACCUUGGAACUGGAAGCUGAAAUUGAAAAGCUCAAGAAAGUGAAUCAAGAAUUGCAGAAGAAACAGGCUGAGAUGAUGGAAAUGCAGAAGAAUGAGCUGAAGGAAUCGUCCAAGCAACCGUGGGGCAGCAAAAGGCAAUGCUUGAGAAGGACACUAACCGGUCCAUGGUGAAAUCAGAAGGAAGCAACUAAGAACCGAUCAAACAAGACACCACUUUGCAUGGACUAAUGUAAUAGGAGAUAGUGCUACCUGUACAGGAGAUUAAGAGAAAUUUUAUUGAGUGGAAAUCUUAGGUUACAGAGUAGGAGAAAUUUUCAUUAUGAAUAAAGACAUUGCAUUAGUCUAGUUUAGAUAGUACUAUGUUUUCUGUGUUUCUAGUCUGUUUGGGUAUUAUAAAAGACAUCCUUGUUUAUAUAUAUGUUGACUAUUUAAUAGGGCAUCUGAUUACUCCUAAAGACAUCUCCGGUAGAGAUCUGUAAAAUAGAGAAAAAAAUUAGAAAUGUGGCUUUUGCUCUAAUGUGUUUUUUUAUAAUAAAAAAACUAGACUUUAAC